GUCUGUGCAGACAGAGCGUGGACAGCUUUGGUAGAUGAACAGUCCUGAGCAGAACCAAAAUGGAGGAGGUGUUGAGAGAAAUUCUAAUCGCAGAAGUAGAUGCAAUCGAAGUUCCCUUUGUGCCCCACCAGCUUCAUAAUUUACAGCAUGAUCAGAAAAUGUAUAGAAGAAACAGUCACUGCUAUAAAGAGAUAAUAUAAACGUAUGUGAGACAAAUUAAUUAGUAUUAUAACGGGCAUGAUUCCCCCUCCCCCCUCACAAAGGGGUUGUUAGACAGUACUGCAUUUUGAUCUGGGAGAAAAAUAGUUCAAAUACUUGCACAUAUGGUCACAUAUCUCACUUCAACUACCUGUUAUUAAAGCUGAUUUAUUCUUCUUAAUUCAAAGUAGGUUAUUUCCUGUCCCUGACAGCCUUUCAUCAAUAAAUAACCAAUUAACCUGCUGAAAAUAAGAGCAGUUUAAGGUUCAUUUCAACCGUUUAGCUUAUUUUAUUUUUUACAUGUUUAAAACUUUAGAAUAAAUAUCUGAAUAUUUGAAAAGUAUAAUAAAUGUGUUGAAAAAGAGUCAAGUCAUUUUGUAUUACAAAUCAUUCAUAAGAUAAUUAUUGACAUGACUCGAAGGCGAUUCACACCCCCGACUAGGUGGCAGUAGCACAUGGAGUGAGGAUUGUAUCUGGUUGCCUACAUACUUCUUCGUCAGCCAACGCUCGUCUACUGCUUCAGCGCUGUACCUCUUGAGAAGCUGUGCGGCUGUGCAGACUUUUAACCCCGUGGAUGCGUGACCUGGUGACGUCUUUUCCGGCUGAGUUCACGCAGACGAUGAAUUUGGACAGGUUUUCCGCAGCAUCUGCGCAGACUUAGCAAAGUCUGCGUAUCGUGAACGCACCCAUUGUUCUGGAUUGUAGGUUCACCCCAUACCAAAAGAUGGCGCAAUCGAAUAUGUUGAUUACUGAUAUAAUCACAUACUCUAUUUCCUAUCUACACACGUGCAGAGACAGAAGUUGUUUAACGUGUGUGUUCUGUGCGAAUUCUGAGGCGUAAGAGCAUAAAUACAAUUUUGGUUGAGUUUUUUUUUUUUUUUUCAAACGAAGAAUUCUAUUUGUAAGUCUCUUGUCCCAGGGGCAGGACCUCUCUUCCAUUCUGUGGCUGACAUUGUUUUAGUUUCCAGGCCUUCCUUCUGCCAUCAUGUUUGCUGACGAGGAGUGGAACGAUGACUUUACUGCGCAGAUGUUGACACAGACUGUGUCCCAACAAGAAGGGAAGUCGCGCAACAAGAUGACAUCCGUUCCAAAAGAGGGACUGGCUAGGAAGAAGAGUCUCCUGCGGACACUGCAAGCGCUCGGCUCGGUCCUGGACUGGAACACAGCACCAGGUUCGGGUUCAACUGACAGCGAGGCAGAGGAGACCCCCCAGACAGCCACCAAGAAGAGGAGAAAGAAGGUCUGCAAACAUGCAGAGAGUGCAGAGCAGGGGUGCUCCAGUGAGAACCUCCAGGAGAAGGGGGGUGGGGUUUCAGUGGAGAGGAAGCAAAAGAGAAUAAAGAGUAAUGGUAAAACAGGGCAGCAGGCUGGAGAGAAGAGACUUCUGGAAACAGGCAAGGACAAAUGCUCAACAAUUGAAGAUUUGCAGUCUUUCAAGAAACAAGGGAAGAAGGAGAAGAGCGAAGAGAUUAGAUUGCAUCGUAAGCAAUGGAAGAACAAGUUAAAGAACAAAAGAAAGAAUAAAAACAAAUAUAAACAAAAUGGACAGAUAAGCGAAACCCCAGCUGCUACAAGGAGCACAGAUACACUAGUAAGUGACAAACACAGCAAUGAGGGAGAAACAAGCAAUAAACUCUUAGAUUUAGAAAGCAGAAAUGGGCAGCAGAAUAAUAAAUGCCUUGGGCAAAACAAAACCCAGAAGGAAGUGUACACUGGGGUGAUAGAUUUCAAUCUGAAGGAGAAGAACAGCAGACAUUCGACAGUUAAGAAGGCAACAGUCAAAGGGAGGAAUUUGAAAGGAAAGACAGUUGAACCCCAAACCCAGCACGUUGAAACCUGGGAUUCAAACAGAACCAAGGCUGCAACAGAAAAACCUCAGAUACAUGCAAACACUGUGACUGACUGUGAGGAGGAGGGGGGGAAGGCUUCAAGCUAUAGAAAAAAGCAUGUCAUAAACAGGCAGAGAGAAAAAUUGCGGCAGGUUCUGGGGUCCCAGGCCACAGAGUCUGACAUGAGACCGUCGGAGAAGGAGGAGGCAGAAGGCAUAGGGAUGGGUGAAUCUCAGGCUUGUGCAGAGGAAGAAAAGAGCCCCCCUGCCCCCCUGCCAGACCGCUCUGCUGCCCUGCGAGCUAGGAUGGAGCAGCGAUUAGAAUCGGCACGGUUCCGCUACAUCAAUGAGCAGCUCUACACUUCCUCCAGCCAGGAGGCUUGCAAGCUGUUCCACGAGGACCACACAUCCUUCGAGAUCUACCAUCGUGGCUUCACUGCACAAGUGACACGCUGGCCGCACAAUCCAGUUGACUCAAUCAUCAGCUACAUCCGCAGCAAGCCCCCCUCUCUGGUAGUAGCAGAUUUUGGCUGUGGUGACUGUAAGAUUGCACGCAGCGUAAAGAACAAAGUGUAUUCCUUCGACCUGGCACCUGUCAACAACCUUGUCACUGUCUGUGAUAUGGCCAAUGUCCCUCUUCCUGAUGGCUCAGUGGAUAUAGCCGUGUUCUGUCUUUCUCUGAUGGGGACCAACCUGUAUGACUUCCUGGUGGAGGCAAACAGAGUCCUGGUGACGAGGGGUGUGCUGAAGAUUGCUGAGGUAGCCAGCAGGUUUGAGAAUGUUCGCAACUUCAUCAGCGCUCUGGCAUCAUUGGGGUUCAAGCUACUUAGUAAGGACACAGAAAACAGUCACUUCUACACCUUCGAGUUCAUGAAGGCCGGGAGCCCUCGAGGGACGAGUAGGCAGACUGGGCUGGAGCUAAAGCCCUGCGUCUACAAGAAGCGCUGAGGAAUGGAAAGCCAGAUAAAUCAGUGAUAGCAAACAACAAACAUGGAGUUAGGAGAAGAGGGCUCGAGGAAAUGGAAAGAUAUAUGGACAACGAGCUGCUAAUUGUGUUUGCAAGGGAGCUUGUGUAAAAGCCUGUUCUGAAUCUGAAAGCAAAAGCAGACUAUCAGCAAAAAAAUAAAAAAUAUAUACAAAUAAAAUAGAGGGGGAGGGGAGUUAUUGAUUCCUUCGCUGCAAAUCACAAUAAACGGGUUAUACUAAAAUUCUGCCGACUGCUGCCUGCUUCAUUAUGUAAGUAAAUGGCUCAGUUCCUCUCUCGUUUUUCUUUUUUGUUUAGCAACAGCAUGUAUAUUUUGGCAUGUCGAGGUAGGGAUUUUGUGAUGAAACUCCUUUUACAGGGUUUGUGAAAUGCAUUUUGGUGCAGCAUCAUACAUAUGUAGAAACAUAACAGAUUAAUAGGAUUCAGCAAGUCUAGUGGCCAACUGGCCUAGUCUGUAUGACAACCAGAGAUGAGGAGUGUAGCCUUUUUGUUCUUCGUGUUUUAAAGUUAUUUAUAAUUGUACUGAUUCUGCAAAAUUGUAAUAAAAGAUUUGACUCCCUAGAA